AUGGUGGCUGGUGUCAUAGGUGAUGAUACACUCAAUCAAAUAAACAGAUUUAGGUUACAGGAAUCAACUGAAGUACCAGAAACGACAAUUCAGAAUGAGGUUUUACAGUAUGAAGAAGAGCAUGAGAUAUCCCUAUCAGGAAGACUGACUUUAUUGGGCAAAUUGCCGUACAGUUUGAUAAUGAAAGUAUCUGCAUCAGAACCAAGAGAUGUUUUACAACUGGAGCGUACUUUAUUAUCGUUCAUUAGGUUUGCAACGUCGUUAUUUUUCACAGCAUUAGGGAUAGUAAUAAACUUUAAAUUAGAUUCCUCAGGGAAAAGCGGGAAUAAUAAAAAACGACCACCAUUCAACAGCUCUACGUAUUCCACAGUGGCUUCAUUUGUUUUAUUUGGCUUGUCGCUUUGCGUGUUGAUUAUCAGUGGGGUUAAUUAUUUUAUUACUAUUCAAAGGUAUGCUAAACACAAGAUCGAGACCUACAAUUUCAAUAAUAUUGCAACGGUAAUAUGUAUGACGUGCAUAAUUAUAACGUUGAUCGCUAUCAGUAUAUCGUUAAUUAUAGAAGGGUACUUAGAUGAGUCUAUUUAA